AUGACGAAAGACGAGAGAAACACCAGCGGGUCUCAGGCAUCUCAAAAGGCCACCGAGAGACUGAACCAACUUUCGUCCCAUCUUGAGUCGGGCGCAAACCAGGCCAAAAAGCGCAAAUCCACCAAAUCAGCUCUUCCCGCAGACCAUUCCGAUGUACUCGGCCAGAUAGCCACCUUACGUACUCUCGCCGCCAACCCUGACCCCAAGAACCGGGGCUACAUUCGCCAAAAACAGGCCGGAAAACUGUGGGUGCGCGAACGAAUCCAUGAAUUACUCGACCCGAACACGUUUCAGGAAAUCGGUUCCGUCAGCGGCACGGUGACAUGGAAACAAACAGGCGCAUUGACGGAAGAGCCGGUGGCAUUCACACCAAGUAACAACGUACAGGGCAUGGGCAAGUUGAAUGGAAGAGAGAUUCUCUUAACAGCGGACGAUUUCAGUAUUCGUGGAGGCCAUGCGGACGGCGCCAUAGCUGCAAAGACCGAAUACAUGGAGCAGAUGGCAAUUGCAUUGCGAUUGCCGAUGAUCAAACUCGUGGAUGGAAGCUCCGGAGGUGGCAGUGUAACGACGAUUAGAACAGAGGGCUGGUCCUAUAUCCCACAAGUUAAGCUCUUUAAACAUGUUGUCGAGCAAUUAAACAUGGGAAUUCCAAACUUGGGCGCCGUUGUUGGUCCAGCUAUAGGCCUUGGUGCCGCCAGAGUGGUUUCUUGCCAUUUCUCCGUGAUGGCCGCUGAUAUAGGGUCACUGUUUAAUGCUGGACCCAAAGUGGUCGAGGGGGCAACGUUUGAGGAAGGGCUAGGAUUUCAGGAACUCGGUGGGCCGAUGAUGCAUUGCACCAACGGCACCAUCGAUAACCUCGCCGCAAAUGAGGCAGAAUGCUUCGAGCAAAUACGUACUGUGCUGGCGUACCUUCCGAAUUCCGGAGCUGAAGCUCCCCCAGUGAUCGCGUGCAGCGAUCCAGAAAAUAGGCAGGAUAUCUCGCUUCGAAGUAUAAUCCCCAGGCGGCAGCAACGAAUGUAUAAUCCAUGGGCAAUCAUCAAGUCAGUAGUCGACAAAGACUCGUGGUUCGAGAUUGGCCCGCUUUGGGGAAGGACAGCAAUAACGGGCCUCGCUCGCCUUGGAGGUCGACCGGUCGGCAUCAUUUCGCUAAACUGCGAAGUCAACAGCGGAGCGUUGGAUGCCGGUGGGAGCCAGAAGCUGACUCGACUGCUUAAAUUAUGUGAUGUUAUGAAUAUCCCCGUUCUCCAGUUUAUUGACGUCCGUAAGUGA